GCCGGGGGCCGUCCUGAGAACAUACCGACAUUGCUCGGGGCUUUCAGUGCGUCGGCGGCCUCGGCGACAGUGAAGGGGCUGGCCUUGCUGGGCGGGCUGUCGCCCCUGGAACGGCUGGCAAUCCGCCCUCCCGCAGAAGUCCUGCGCCGCUCGUUGCUGAAACGGUUCCUGGGCCACUGUGUGGCGCUGGCGCUGGACUGGAACGACUGGCCUACCCUCGACGGCCUCCUGGUCGAUUUCUUCAACGGCUUGUUCCUGGAGUGGCUGGGGCCAGACGUCGGGGGCGGCGCGUUUGCCGCCCCAGCGCAUUUCCUGUCAGGCCCAGGGCGCUCGGGGGCAACAGCGCUGCCUCGGGCUUCGCGAGCUGCGCUGGGCGGGAGGCGCCGCGCCCCGCCAUUCGCGCGGCUGCCGGCGCCUCGGGCGGCCAUGGACGCAGUCGUCGGCCAGCUGAUCCACCGCGGCUUCCCGCGCUCGGCUCUGCUGACCGCGGUCGCCCGCGCGUGCUGCUUGAGGCCGCGGGAGAUGAUGCAGGUGCGCGCGUGUCACCAUGUCACCCCCGCGGAGAUGGCUGGGCCAGCCUGCCAGUGCUGGCCAAUCCUGCUGCACGACUCAGCGCGUCUGCUGGCUGGGAAGACAGGCGUGCACGACGAUGCUGUGGCCAUCGACCUGGACUCCUGGCUGUGCCCCGCGCUGGCCAGUGUCCGUGCGACGCUGAGGCCCGACGGCAUCGUGGACAUGAGCUUCGUGGAGCCCCGCCAGGCAUUCAUCGAUGCCGCCGUGGCGCUGGGCCUCGGCCCGCUGGGCCCGCACCCCUACCAGCUACGCCAGGGGGGGGGGGCCUCAGAGGACCUGACUCUCGCUUGUCGCUCGGCCGAGCAAGUGCGCCUCCGCGGGGGGUGGGCCACCUUCGCGUCAGUGAAGAGGUGCGCCAAGGACGCUCGGCUCGUCGACGCCCUGAACUCGAUCGCGCCGGAGGUCUCUGCCUACGACAACCUCGCGCUGAACUACCUGCCGGAGCUCCUCCGCAGCGGCGGCGGUCUGCCGCCGGGUGCCCAGCCACAGGCGGUGGCAGCGCUGUCGCACGGGCGGCCCGUGCCGCCGCCCGCUCGAGCGGAGCCGCUGCGGGACGCCUCGCGGUGA